AUUUGGACAUAGUGUCUUAGCCCCUGUUCCACAUUUAUCCUAUCUUUUUCCUGUCAACACGAUCAUAUUCUUCACAACGCAAUUAGUUCUCCCACUACUCCGACAGGUGUGCCCCUAUCUCCACUCUUUUGUUUGCUGCAGUCGUCUACGGCUGUGUUAUCUCUGUGAACGAUGCAAGUGCCAUGUGUACUGUGCCUCCGGAUAAACUGCAGCUGCUUUCUUGGUCUCUCUAUCCAUUUUGUAUGCGGCAUCAUCCAAUACAUUCGCGAUUACCCAUAAUUUCCCCACAGCAUCUUAUGAUGACCAUAUUCCCGUGCUUAACAUUGUUUCGGUAAUACGUCUCAAAGGACCGUUUCUGAAUUUUCCUGUCAUGUGGCUGACCACGUCAACCUUGCUUCACUUCCCGCAAAACGAGGAAGGUUGUGCAGUGAGAGACAACUCAUACGCAAAGAGUAACUUUCAGACCCGAGUCGUACUGUCUUCCAGACUUCUCUGAAUUGUUUUUCUUCAGAGCUAGCCCACAGCGGCUCUUGGACAGCGCCUCGUGACUUUCAGCUUCCUUUUGGCUUCUUAGUGCCUUACGGUAAAGUGAUGAGCCAUUAAGAGACUAGCGAGAGGAACGUUUGCUUGUUCGUACCUCUGUCUCGCCAGCAGCCUGCUAUCAAGGGCAGUUACUAGACGAAUGUACGUCCCCUUCUGCCAGUACAUUUCCGUGGCUUAUUUUUGACAGACAGCUAAACCGUAUUUAUAUUCAGCGAGGCAGUCUGGCGUAUCGCUCGUGGGCAAACAGCGAUGAUUCGUCACAUUUCACAGAUAGCAGGCCCGCGCGUGUUGAUUUUACUCUUUGGUUUGCAAACCGUAAAUAAACACCGUUCUCAUUGUUGAGUAAGUGCUUCUCGCGUUCUGCUCGAAAUUUUAAUCUGAUGUGCCUCUUUUCAACACGAAAAGGAAACGAAACAGAGACGAGCUGUGAUAUAAUUUCAAAUAGAGUGGCUACUGCAAACCCAGGAGCCAUGCCCCCAGUGAGCGUGUCGGUGGCAGUACCGGUGGCAGUCGGGGGUGGCGGUGGCGGUGGUGGCAGGGUGCCCCUACAGGAGCCUCCGGCUGCGGCCUCGCCGCCACAGGGGCAGGGCAACGCCGCCCCUGCCGUCAAGCGCACGCCCAACGAUUUCAUCUUCGGCAAGGCUAUUGGCGAGGGUAGCUUCUCCACCGUCUACCUCGCCAAGGAUAUCCACACCGGCAACGAGUAUGCCAUAAAAGUUUGCGAGAAGCGUCACAUAAUCCGUGAGAAGAAGACAGAGUAUGUUCAGCGAGAGAAGGAGGUGCUUCACAUCCUGAGCUGCAACAAGAAGACGUCUGCUCCAUUUUUCACCAAACUGUACUGCACCUUCCAGGAUGUGGAACGGCUCUAUUUUGUGCUAACAUAUGCGAAGAAUGGUGAAUUGCUACCGCAUAUAAACAAAGUUGGUUCAUUCGAUAUUGCGUGCACGAGAUUCUACGCUGCUGAGAUUUUGCACGCUUUGGAACACCUGCACAGUUUGGGCAUUAUCCACAGAGAUCUAAAGCCAGAAAACAUUCUUCUGGAUGAAAAAAUGCAUAUCCUCAUUGCAGAUUUUGGGUCUGCCAAGAUUGUCAAUCGGAAGGAAGUGGAAGAUCAAAACAAGGAUAACCCUAACUUCCGUCGCCGCAACAGCUUUGUGGGCACAGCGCAGUAUGUCUCACCUGAGCUGUUGACUGACAAGUCGGCCUCCUACAGUUCGGAUCUCUGGGCCCUCGGUUGCAUCAUAUACCAGAUGGUGGCUGGACUCCCGCCUUUCCGAUCAAUGAGCGAGCACCUUAUAUUCCAGAAGAUCGUGAAGCUGGAGUAUGUGUUCCCAGACGGUUUCAGUGCUCCAGCCAGAGACCUGGUGGAGAAGCUUCUGGUUCUCGAUCCUGUGCAACGGUUAGGGGCUCGUGACAGGCCUGAGGAUGGGCACGGGUACCCUUCGUUGAGAGCACAUGCGUUCUUCAAGGGAAUUUCUUUUGAAUCGCUGUAUCUGCAGACACCUCCGCAAAUCUACCCCUACCUCCCGGGAACGUCAGAGCACGAGGAAAUGCGGAGCCACUACAGAGUGCCUGAUCACUUGGAGCCCGGGCUGGACGAUCGGCAGCUGACGCGGCUUCUCGGCCUCGACCUGAGUGGCGCGGUGGAGCCCGUGGCGGAGAGCCCUGCGGAAGACGGGAGAGAGUCGCAGACCGAGCAGGAGGGCCGGCCGCAAGACGUGCCUGCGGUGCGCCAGCAGCAGCAGCAGCGGAAGCGCGCAGUUACGGACCUGUCCCCGGCAGAGGUGCGCCGCCGCACGGAUCUGCAGGCGAAGGAGAGCAAGUGGCACAAUCUGGUGCAGGGGAACCUCAUCCUCAAGCAGGGGCUCGUCGAUAAGAGGAAGGGGCUGUUCGCAAGGAGGCGGAUGUUGCUGCUGACUCUCGGACCUCACUUGUACUAUGUGGACCCAGUCAACAUGGUCCUCAGGGGUGAAAUACCCUGGAGUCCUGAGCUGAGGGUUGAACCAAAGAAUUUCAAGAUAUUUUUUGUACAUACGCCGAACAGGACCUACUACCUGGAAGAUCCAGAAGGCUACGCCCUGGAGUGGUGUAAGGCCAUAGAGGACGUUCGGAUACACACGUAUGGUCUACAAUCGUAGAAGAUUAGUGUAGUGACUUGGAGUGCAAUCCGAAGGCUACAAAGACUCAACUUCGGGUUGUAUACCCUAGGCAAAUUUCAUUUGUGAUCUUUAAACUGUUUUUUAACUCUUGUUGGAAGUGUUGAAUGGUUACAUAAGAGUUUAAACAGAUGAAAAACUAUUUAAAGUGUUAGUGUACGAACACAGUGGAGAUUCCUUCAACGUGAGACUUUUUUAAGUGACAUUGGAGACUGCAGUUGACUGAGCAGCGUUAAUUUUUCAGUGCGAAUGAAUACGUGUGUGUGUGAUAGUAAUAAGACUCAUUUUUUUUUAUUUAUACGUUUUCCUAAGUAGUGAUUGGAGAGAAUGCAGAGGAUGACAGUUUUGUAUGUAUUGCUGUAGCAUAUGUGUUAAUUUAUUUACAUUUUAUAGUUAGCUGAACUGCAAUAACUAAAGAGGGCCUUCACAGUCUGUCACAUGUUUUUAUAAUGUUUGUGAUCUCUCUUCACUGUCACUAUUUAUGCUCUUGUUUACUUUUGUGACACAGUUUUGUGUUGGACACUGAAUAAUACAUUGUGGCAGAAGCCACCAACUGUCAGUAUUACUCUACUGUAUGUUAUUCGAGUGAAGAACUGUUUUUGUUUAUUACUUCCUAACUCAAUUAAGGUUGUAUAUCUAGUUUUGUGCUGUGUCAGUAUACUGUCAUGUAAACAACUUAAUUUAUAAAUACAAUGUAUUCAAACUUA